UGUAAACUAGGAACUGUGCUUGCUUACCGCUUCGUUGUUCAAAAAUUUCAGUUAUCGAGUAAGCGGUAAGCGUGGAAGUUAGUGUUUGUGAUCAAAGUUGUGAUUUAAUUUAAAUAAUGUCUGAAAAAGAAUCAUUCAAAAUAGGAUCCCUCGUUUGGGGCAAAAUGAAAGGAUUUCCUCCUUGGCCUGGAAAAAUAGUAGAACCUGGUCCUGACAUGAAGAUACCAACAUCUAAAAAGAAUUUUCUCUGCGUUUAUUUCUUUGGUUCUAAGAAUUACGCACUCCUUGAACCAACCGCCAUAAAACCCUAUGAAGAGUUCAAAGAUACUUGCAGCAAAGCAAAUAAAUCGGCUCCAUUCCGUGAAGCCAUUGAAGCAAUCGAAAACUACAUUAAAAAUGGAGAUGAAGGAACCGUCAAUGGCAUCCAGGAAACUAGCGAAGAUUUAUUCGACCAAAUAAAAAAUACUCCUGAAAGUUUGAAGCCGAAACGAAAGAAGAAAUCAACCGCCGCAACGCCAUCAACACAGAAGAAAGAAUCUGCUUCGGAAAGUGGCGCCGAAACACCAGCCGAAGAAAAUGGACCCGUCAAAAAGGCCAAACUUCUCGAUGACGAUGAGUAUCCCACUCAGAUAUUAGCCAAUCACAAUAAAGGAACUCCGCGGAAAUACCAGACUUUAUUAGACAGACCGUCGAGUUUAAUUCAACCGGAAGUCCAGCCAAUCGAUGUUAGUAAAGUCUCGGAAACGCUGAAAGAAAAAAAUAUAUCACCUUCGAAAUUGAAAUUCGGUUUUCUCGGCUUGGGUAACAUGGGUAGCGGAAUUCUGAAAAAUUUACUGAACUCCGGGCAUCAGGUUACAAUUUGGAAUCGUACUCCUGAAAAGUGCACUGAAUUCGAAAAAGCUGGUGCGCAAAUUGGAACUACCCCUUCUGAUGUGAUUGAAGCCUCCGAUAUAACUUUUUCGUGUGUUGCGAAUCCUCAAGCUGCUAAAGAAAUGGUUUUCGGAAAUUGCGGAGUCUUAUCUGAAAUGGGUCCAAGCAAAAGUUACGUCGAAAUGACUGGUAUCGAUGCAGAAACAUCGCAAGAUAUUGCAGAGGGCAUUACUGGCAAAGGAGGCCGUUAUUUGGAAGCGCAAAUGCAAGGCAGCAAAGUUGAAGCCGAAGAAGGCACUUUAGUAAUUCUCGCAGCUGGUGAUAAAUCGCUGUUCGACGAAUGCCAAUCUUGUUUCAUAGCUAUGUCAAAAAAUUCUUUCUAUUUAGGUGAAGUCGGAAACGCUUCAAAAAUGAAUUUAGUGCUGCAACUUAUGCAAGGUAUUACGCUAGCCGGACUUGCCGAAGGUAUGGCUCUAGCAGAUCGUGCAGGUUUACAACAAAAAGACGUUCUGGAAAUAUUAUCAUUAACGUCUUUAGCCUGCCCAGCAUUGAUCGAUAAAGGCAAUUAUAUGAUUUUGGGAACGUUUAAUACGAAUAUGCCGCUGCAACACCUACAAAAAGAUAUGAAAUUAUCGAUAAUGCUUGGAGACCAAGUAGAACAACCAUUGCCUUUAACAGCUUCAGCGAACGAAGUUUUCAAACAUGCCAAAAAGCUCGGAUACGGCCAUCACGAUGUUUCAGCUGUUUAUAUUAGGGCUAGAUUUUAGCCUGAGUUUCAUUCGUUCGUUUUUAUAUGUUUGUUAUUUUUUUUCUUUGAAAAUAGUCGAUUGAAAAAAAAAGUGUGUUUUCAACGAAGUCGCAGGUUCAAGGCGCGACGUAAUGAAUGAAAUUUGUACGAUAUAUUUAAAUGUUGAAAAAUAAUCUUGUAUAAUACAAUAUUACUGUAUUUAGAGCUGUUUUAUAAUGAGAAAUAAUUGCCCAAGUAUGAUAUAGUCUCUCAUAUGAACCAUUUUUUUUUUUUAAAUUUAAUUUUUGAUCAAGCGUUCUUUUUUACGCUGAGGAAUUCAAUUUUUAUUGUAAUAUUUUUCUUUUUCAAGUUGAAGUUUUAGUUGUAUCUGAAAAUUAGAUUUGACAUUUUGUUUCUUCUUCAUAUUUUUUUUCUUCUGUAUUCAACGAUUGUUUAUAUGGUGUAAUUUUUAUUUGAUUUUUUUUUUCCUUCAAAUAACGAACAUCGUGUACAUGAUGCAUACAUAUUUAAGAAAUUAUUUUUCUAAUGUACAUUUACGUAUUGUGGUGUCAUCGCCUGUAAUACUAAAUGAUUUUUUGAAAGAAUCGUUAGACAAGCCACGUAACACGUGUUUACCUGUAAAGUGCACCGAUUCUUUUGCUAAUCUAAGAAAACGAGUUUACUUACUCUUUAUUUUGUAAAUUACUUAAUGAUAUAAGUUAAAUAAUUAAUCAUGUAAACAAAAAACGGUAUCGAGAUGUGGCGAUUUGAACGCUUUAUAAAAAUUUAUUAAAUUUAUUCUCGUGCAAUUAUAAAGAUGUAAGGUUCUCCCUUCUCUGGUUUUAGUGUUGGUAUUUUUCUCUCUCCCAAAUACGUUUUUAUUUAGAUCAUAUCGUUAUGGACUAACGAAUAAGAUGAUUAUUACGAUGUGCAAAAUUGAUUAUAUAUUUUAGCAAAUGAGACGAUUUUUGUAUUUCAAUGUAAUUUUACGUACCAUUAAUGAAUAUACAUAAAUUCGCUUGCAAUCAUGUACCUAGCUGUUUUUGUUUUUAAAUGGGUAGCUAACCUAAUGCGUGGACUGUGUUGGGGAAAAAAUUGUGCAGAAUUUUAAAAACUUACGCGUUUAGAGACGAUGCGAUUUAAUAAUAAUAAAAUUUUGACUAAAUAAUUUUUGAGCGAGAAUUGAUGUUUUGAUUGAUUUCGUUGUGUCGUUGACGUAUAUUUGUUUAAAUAGCAAUCUUUUCGUAUCGUUGUGUUGUUUUCUUUUUCUUUUUCUUUUUCAAUUUUCAUUUCGAGUGUCCGUAUUUACCUAAAUAAUUAUUUUCAAACUAUAAUGAUUUCUGAAGUUAUUGUAAAUUGUUAUUUUUCUUUCGCUCUGGCUCUAAAAGAAACAUACCUAAUUCGCAAGUCGAAUAUUUGUAGCACAUUGAUCAAUAUAUCAUUGUUAUUGUAAUGGUAAUUUAAGGUACGCAUGUAUUUUAUAAUAAAUUUUUUAUAAAGUG